AUGAAUCCCCUUACCUCGCACAAUUCCUACAAGGAAUCCAGUGCCACAGCAUCGAUGACUGGUCAAUCCACGACAGCACCUCCAACUGCAGCCAUACUCGGAGGAGUGUCUGGAGUUCGCGAUUACCUAGUCUCAACAGUGCAGAACUCGCUUCAGCAGACCUCAUCCUUCCUUGGUCGACCAGACACUGCAUCUUCAGGAACCAACAAUGAAAAUUACGGCCCAUCGACAUUCGCUCCAACUCCAUUCGUUGCUCAACCUGUAUCAUACGAACAAGUUGUGCCUAACUUCUUGUCGAAGCAUGUUCGAGCAUAUUGUGAUCGACUCGUCCGUGAACAGACUGUUAAUUCGUAUACUAAUGGCACUGGUGGCGGACCACGUAAAUUGCAGCAGUCGACGGAAUCUUUGGCUACCAUGAUGAAACCAAGUGCUGAUGAGGCUUUUGCUGCUGUGGUUAUGGCUGAUGUGUCUGGUUACUCGACGCUGACUUCCAUGCUGGCUGAACGUGGUCCUAUUGGUGCUGAGUUGCUUAGUAAAGCUAUGAAGGGAUACCUUGAUAAAAUUAUUCAAAUUGUAUUAACGCAUGGUGGUGACAUUGUCAAAUUCGCUGGUGACGCAGUCAUAUUCUACUGGCGCAUAGAAGCAGGUCGAGAAGGCAAAGAAGAACCCAAAUCCAAAGAAGAUAUCCGAAAAGGGGAAUUAAUAUACAAGGCAUGUAAUUGUUGCUUUGAUCUGCUAGCCAAACUUGGAUCAUACGAAGUCAACAUACCGAAUUGUCCUACAAAGCUAUUGAGGAUACAUUUGGGUAUUGGUGGUGGUAAUAUCUAUGAUGUCCAUGUUGGUGGACCUCCAGGUCGUUGGGAGCAUUUUAUUGCGGGUGAUGCUGUAAAUCAGUUAUCGGUUGUGCUUGAUUUAGCCAAGCCUGGUGAACUGGCCAUUUCGCAUCAAGCAAUGAAGUUCUUAGCCAACGUAAUCAACGUAUCAACAGUGGUACUAGAAGGAUACGACAAACGUUGUGUCAUUGUAAAAUCAAUGGAAAACGCUAGACGGCGAGUUCCACCCCCAACACCAGACGUAACCGAAGACACUGAUCUUUGGGAAGUCACAGCCAAAGAAUCAAACGUCUCACUGUACGAGAAAUUUGUCUCACAUCCAGCCCUCUUCAAACUCCAAGCCGAUUUAAACCAAUCCAAACUAUUCCGUAUCGAAUCCCACCUCUCUGAUCUAAUGUCGUUGUACGAAUUACGUCAAGUCACAACCAUAUUCAUUCGUCUUGGAUCGCUCUUUGAAUGGGAAGCCAAUCCACGAGCUCUUGAUGAUGCACAGUAUGCCAUGACGAUUGUGCAAGAGUCGCUCAAGAAAUAUGAAGGGUCAUUACGACAGUUCCAUGUAGAUGAUAAAGGAGCUGUUAUAUUGUGUUUCUUUGGAUUACCACCCCUUGCACAUGAAAAUGAUGCAUCGUAUGGUUUAAAGGCUGGAUUGGCUAUAUGUCAAGGAUUCCAGGAACGAUUUAGUUUCUCGAUUGGUAUUACCACUGGUGUGGUUUCCAUUGGUGGAGUUGGUAAUGCUGUGAGAACAGAAUAUGCUGUGAUGGGUGACUCAAUCAACAUGGCAGCACGUCUAAUGUGUCUACCAUACGCAGCAAACUCCAUCCUGUGUGAUGAGAAGACCUACAAUUUAGCUGAACGAGACUUCUUCUUUGAUUUCUUGGGAGAAGUGAAAGUAAAGGGUAAAGCUAAACCUAUAUCGACAUUCAGGCCUAAAGCUUUAAGGCCAGAAGGUGGUAAAGGAAGUGCAGCUCGUGAUAACCCACGUGAAAUAUGUGGUCGUCUAGUCGAAAAGGCUGCCAUUAUCAAUGCAGUCACUCAACAUGUAGCUGGAGAGCCAUCUGGUCUAGUGAUUAUUGAAUCCGAUGCUGGACAAGGUCUUUCGACUCUAGUAAAGUAUACUAAAGUUGAAGCUACGGAACGAAAUUGUCAUGUUUGCAACGGAAGUGCAGCAGAAAUGGAAAAAUACACACCAUACUAUGCUUUCCGUGAUGUAGUCUGUGACCUCCUCGCCAUGAUUGAAGACAGCGUACCAGAUGGAGACGGUGGUUUCUGCAUACCAUUAGGCCACCCACCUAAAUCAGACUCCAAAAAGGAAUUGGUUGCUGAAGCUGCCAAUACCGUCCAUCCACUCGCUUCAGAUCCCGCCACACAUGAAACAUCACCCACACUUAAGGUCAAUCGUCGAAGUGCCAAUCGAAUGUCCAUAUUCGAGGAUGAUUCUCUACAUCCCUUCCAUCAUCGCCAACCUCAAGCACGAAUGAAACAAGGAUAUCUCAACAUGAUUGCUUCUAAUGAUGCUUUGGCAAACGCUCGACGAGCGGCUAGUGCUCAAGGUGCUAGGAAUGAUGAUGACGUGACUGUUGGUGGUAUGAAUGUCUCUGUUCCAGUUGUCGUUAAUUCUAAUGACUCACCACUGUCGCCAUCUAUACCAACAGGACCUGUUCCAGGGAUAGCGAUUUCAGAUUCUGAUAGUGACUUGGGCAGCCAGAUGCUUUUCGAAGAUCGAGUGAAAUCAUGUCUGCACAAAAUGGGUGAAAAUCCAGACUUGGCCCCACUCUUGGACCAUAUCUUGCCUUUCAACUUUGAAAAGAAUGAGCUGAUUAACACCAUGUCUGCCAAAGUUCGAAUGAAGGAAUUGUCAGACAUGCUCCGCCGCAUUGUCAGCAACUUGGCCCAAGCUAAUCCAGUCGUAUUCACCUUCCACGAAGUUCAAUGGAUGGAUAGUUUGUCGUGGGAGCUGUUAUGGGAGAUUCUCAACACGUGCCCCAGAGUUAUGGUCAUUAUGUUUACUCGUGUUGAAAAGUAUUAUGAGAGUGAUGAAGGUCGUGUCUACCUCAACAAGCUCAAGAAGCUUCCUCGAGCCUUGUCAAUACGAAUGGAAGGACUCAGUAAAUCAGAUACUGAAAAGAUGAUUAUAUCAACUUGGACUGGUAAACCGCUGAGAGGUGUCUCCAACCUCAUCGUCGACAAUGUAUAUAAACGAACCAACGGCAACCCUCUCUAUAUUCGAUCUCUCACCACCGCACUCAAAGAAUCCGGACAAUGGAGAAUCAGUGAUGCAGGCAUACUCCAAACCGAACAAGGCGAAUUUGACUUUGAAAAAGUCGUCUUUGGAUAUGACUUGCAAUCCAUCAUCACUGCCCAAUUUGAUCGUUUGGAUCGAAGCUUCCAACUCUUCCUCAAAGUUGCUUCCGUGUUGGGUCAACGCUUCCUACUUGAUGACGUACUCGUGUUUUUGGGAGACCUGACUGGCUUCUCUGAAAAGUUUUAUCGAAAGGGACCACGAGAAGUAGCCAACCAAAUUGAUGCAAUGGAUAAAUAUGGAUUCUUGACACGACCUGAAGGUGAUCAGGAAUCACUCUUCUUCCAAUUCAAAUCUGCCGUCAUCCAUCGAAGUAUCUAUAACAUGAUGGUCAUGUCUCAACGUCAACAAUUGCAUUUGAAUAUUGCGUCCUACUAUGAAAAGAUCAUCAACGACGAAAAUCGACACCGUUUACUGAUACCCCUGUACGAGCACUUUAUGGAAACUGACGAAAGGCAACGAUUCAAGAAGCUGAAAUACUUGGAAGCUGUCUGUCAUUUCUAUUACGAAAAGCAUUCCAUGAGGGAUGCCAUCAAGCACUACAAUAUUUUUAUCGAGACAGUCAACGAGCUCGAAAAGGAAAACAAUCGUCAAUUGUUUGCUCCAGCUGUACGAGCCGCUUGGCAUCGUGAACUUGGUGAAGCCUACUUUUCACGACAAGAGUUUACUCAGGGUGAAGUGCACCUCUUGAAAUCUCUAAGUUUACUGGGUCACGAAUUCGUCAGUGGGAGGAUUGCACUAGCACUCAAGAUUCGUCAAGAAAAGAGGACCCGUAGUCGAUUCCAAAUCCAGUCACUAACUAAUCCGGCUUCUGAACACAACAUUAACGUCAGCACCUACAACACCAACACAUGGGAAUCAAAGGGCACACUCAACCAACGAGAUAAAUACCUAGCCGAUCCAAGAUCAGACAAUAACAGUACGGAUGGUGGUCUACCCAUCGGUACAUUAUCUUCAGCAACUUCGAAACUUGUAUCCAAAUCUCGAACAAUGUCAACACCCAUGAUUGUCAAAGUGGACCAACAAAGCAGUAAUCCAGCUAUAAAUGGGGACGCUCGCGCUGGAACGUUAAACCGCCGAUCAUCUCGUCUACCCCCAUCAAGUGCGAAUAGUCACGGUCAAGUACUCAGUUCUUCCUUUUUGGAUGACGGCAACUCCCCAGCUGUUCAAGCAGGCUCACUUCCUGUAAACAAGGACGGAAGUAUUCCCAUGCUAUCAGUCACUGGAUCUGAUGUUGGCAGUCUCGUAUUCCCAUCAGUGCAACUACAGCAAGCUAAUGAUCGACGAGAGGGUAUGAGCACACAUGGCAUGAGCACGCAUGAUUCCAAGCAUGAUUCGACUGGCCAAUUGAAUGCUUUGCUGAUGGGAGGUAAAUGGCAAACCAUGCAUCAAGUUCGAAUGACGUAUAUGACAUUGGCUCAACUCUACCUGCAAACGGAAAACAUGAAGAAGCAUUGCUAUGUUGUGUUUGCUGGUCUCAACAUGUCUGAAACACCAUUCCCCAAGGAUGCUAUUUAUACCAAGUUUAUGGCUAUGGCUGGUCUACUGUAUUGGACUCAUGAAAAGAACCAAAAACGAGCCAAGGCGUAUAUUGACCACGCCAUGUAUCACGACAGGAACUUAUCUGAUGUUGGUGCUCGUGCAAUGGUCGUAUGGUGUAGUGCCCGAUUCUCGUACUUGACUGGUGACUAUGUCAGUGCUCUUCAACAAGCCGACCAUCUCUUAACCCUCAGCCACAGUCUCGGUGAUUGGUUUAUUCGUGAAGAAGCACUACGACUCAAAGCCCUAAUAUCGUAUGAGCAAGGACCUCGAUCUCUAGCUAUGGCAGCAUCACGAGAAUACUAUACCACUGCCGUACACGAAGACCGAUCCCUGGGUAAACUAUGGGGAUGUCUCAAAGUCCUAAAGUGCUCUCUCGCACAGGAAAAGCUAGUAUCGGAUGAAAUACAAGACCAGUGUCGCUCAUGUCGACAGAUUCUGGCAACACCAGAUCAAUCAUGGGCAACACAUCCGGCAUUAUGUAUUGUGCGGAUAUCCAUUCUAGCUGAAUGUGAUCGACGUCUUGGACUGGAAGUACCACCAGAAAACGUGAUUCGAGAAAUCCAGAAACAUACCAAGAACCUCAAGAAAUACCAUUGGUAUAUAAUAGUGGGAUUACAUCAACUCGCCAUGUUCCUCUUCACCGCAUACGAUAACCGUGGCUUCUCCCCCCAACGCCCUGAUGCACGGAAAGCCGUCAUUGGCCUCCUCACCGACCUGUGCAAGCAGCUCAAAAUAAUCGGAACCACAUGCCUUUUCGUGAUACCCAUACGAUACCUCUUCAAAGGACUCCUCAGUAUAGUACAGGAUCGUAAACGAGAAGCUACGAGACGCUGGGUCCGUGGUCUCAAAUCGCCAGGAUGUAAAGACCAAUUAUACCUCACUUCCACUCUGCAUUGGCGUCUUGCCAAGUAUGCUAUACCAGUUGGUGAUCCACGACGUGAACGACAUUUAGAGGAAGGUCGUCAAGGAUUCAAAAAGCUCUCUGCUGCUUAUGAGCAAUCGCAAUUAGCCUUGUGUGAAAAGUCGGCCUAA